UGUUAUUUCCCUGUACAGGACACAUUUAAUAAAUACUAGCAGUCUGUGAAUAUUUCCAUAUGUUAAAUUUGUUAAUAAUAAUAUAGUUCUACAUUUAAAUAUUUAAAGGUUUAAAUAAUGUGUGCAUUAUUUUAGAAAUUCGGAUUAACCAACCAAAGAUGCGAUUCUUUAUACAUGAAAUUUGUGUGUGUAUAUGUAUAUGGCUGCCAUAUGCUUUUUCUAAAGUAGAACAAAUUGACUUCCCUGUUAAAUUAGCACGUUGUUAUAACGGUUUCUACAAUAAGACUACAGUAGCAAGGAGUGUAGGAUACAGUAUCCACUUUUCGUGUUAUCAUGAAUACAGACUUAAAACAUCAACGGACAGAAAAUACAAAGGAAAACUGCUUGGUCUUAAAAAUAACGCUUAUAUUAAGGGAAAUAUGGACGGAGUAGAAUCUAACCUUAGAGCAAAGCGACAAGCUGAAGGUCAGACAAAGCCCCCCAGAAGACAGAGAAAAGAAAUAAGAAUGAUGACAGACGAAGAACGAGAAAAAUACUUUAAUGCAAUUACAACAUUGAAAACCACAAAUGAACAAGUCGACAAUGAAUCAAUCAGUCGUUUCGGUUUGUUGGCAGCUUUUCAUUCUGGUGAACAGUUGGGGGCUCAUGGUGGAUGUGGUUUUGGUCCAUGGCACAGAGCGUUUCUGAUAAUGUAUGAACAGGCUAUGAUGCAAGUUGAUCCUACCGUUACGCUUCCUUAUUGGGAUUCAACUCUCGACUUCUAUAUGGAAGACGCUACACAAUCUAUCUUAUGGACUGACAAAUUUAUGGGAAAUGGAGAUGGAUUAGUUACUACAGGUCCAUUCAAAAACUGGGAUACUGCUGUUGGACCUUUAACAAGAAAUAUCGGAGUUUCUGGAAAACUUUACAGCGAAGAAGACUUUUUAAAUGUGACGUCAAGGACAAAAUAUGGAGAAAUUUGUGGAGAUGAGGCAUUACCUGAGCAUGACAUGGAGUUUUUACACGGACCUCCUCAUGUUUGGAUUGAUGGUCAGAUGGGAAUUAUUGAGACAGCUGCCCAUGAUCCUAUCUUUUUUAUGCAUCAUUCCUUUGUGGAUCUGAUAUGGGAAAAAUUUAGAGACAACCAACGACGAAAUGGAAUAGACCCUCAAGUUGAUUAUCCUGCCGAAUUCUUUGGAGAUAUAUUCCAUGCACCAGAGGAGGCAAUGGGGAUCGGUAGUAUGACAAUGAGAGAUGGUUUGGACGACAAAUUUACCAGAGACAUAUAUGAGUAUGCUCCUCGACCAACUUGUAGCAGAAACAAUCAGGAUUGUGGCUCUAAAUAUAUUAAGUGUGUUGAUGUAGCUGGUGCAUAUAGGUGUGUGUCAAAAACACUGGAAGAAUAUGAAGAUGACAUGGCAACUGGAGGAGGAAAUACUGGCGGAGGAAAUACUGGCGGAGGAAACACUGGCGGAGGAAAUACUGGCGGAGGAAAUACUGGUGGUGGAAACACCGGAGGCGGAAACACAGGAGGAGGAAACACAGGAGGAGGAAACACAGGAGGAGGCAGCUGUCCAACUCCAAAGCCACAUGUACCAAAAGUACCGAAAGUAAAGCCUACAUUGCAUAAACCUGUACAAAACAACUUUUGUGUAAAUGGAAAAAGUGACACAAGAGAAUGGGUUUAUUUACCAAUUAGAGUAACAUAUCAACGGCCACCAGAUUUCACCAAUUAUGGAUCUUACCCAAUUCGUAAUGGAAAGCAGGCAUCAAAAUCAGAUAUCUAUGCUCCAUCUGGAUAUUCAUCUAUGAACAAAUACAUAAGGCCAGGUCGCCCAGAAAACUAUGGGAAUUGUAAAAGUUCCACUAGCGGUGCAGGUGAAAUGUACAUACAAUCUGAUGGACUAAAUUAUGAUGGUACAUAUAGGGAGUAUGCAGUUAUUGAUCAUCGUUUAGCUAUAUCCAUGUCAGUUGCAUAUGUUGCGGUUAAGAAACCAGAAAUCAACGAUCCAUCUGAUGUCGUAAUUUCUGCCUUUGAUUCAUGUGGGAGAGUAUGUCACGCUACGUGUUUAAUCCCUGGUACGGAUUACUACAGACCUUGUUCUGGUGCAUUAAGAAUUUCCGAUGUUCCACGUUUCCCAAAAAUGUAUGGUGGAAAUUUUGGAAACUCUGUUAUGAACGUUUGGAAUUACACAUCUUCUGCAUCAUGUCCACAAUUCAACAUUGAUCAGAUAUACGUCUCUUUCUUCUGUGAUUACAGUAACAGGUGGCCUUGGGAACAUGCACGUAAACAGAACCUCCCUCCACCACCACCAAAACGAAGACCCUCAGUGGACAAUCAACCAAAAGGACCACGUGUAGCAAAUAAACAAACUGAUGCUAGCUUGUCAUUACCCCAAACACCUCAAAAACAAAAAUGUGCAAUUAGAGGAUGCAUGAUUGAACGUGAUGAUUGCAGAGCACCUUGUGAAAAUUUGGUUAAUUAUCCAUGUGUUAACAAAUGUAAUACAUUUGCAAGAUGUUUUUACAAGAAAUACUAUAUACAAACCUGUAGUUAUGGACAUUACGAUAUUACAGAAGGAAAAUGCCAACGCGGCAAAGGUCACUGUUCAGACGAAGAAUAUAACAGCGGAAGUAGAGGUGGUCCAAGACACCAACUUAACCACAAUCGUGCACGACACAUACAUAGACCGCCUGUUCAGAGAUGGGGAAGACCAGGCUUCGGAUAAAAUAUAGACUGCUUUAUGAUUCGUUGAAAAAGUCCCAAGAUAUUCCGUCCAUGCAUUUCAUUAUUUAUUCAUUUCAUAAAUGAAAAUGAUCACCUGGUAAACUUGAAUUUGUUAAAUAUGUCUACAUAUAAAAUAUAUAUUCCUAUAACUUGUUCAUGUUUUUCAACUAGUGAUUUCGGAAUGUACAUGGACUAGGGUAAACUGAGAAUUAAAAUGUGACGUAAUGGCUAAAAUAUAUUUAACAACAUAUCAUUGCUAAGUAUGAAGAA